AUGCCAACAAAAAAAUCUUCUGCUAUUGUUUUUUGUGAUUUUGACGGUACAAUAACUUCAUGUGAAACUUUUGUUGGUAUAUUAAAACAUUUUUCUCCAAUAUUAUCAAAUGAAUUAUUACCAAAAAUUCUUUCUAAAGAAAUAACAUUACGUCAAGGUGUAAGACAAAUUGUUGAAUCAAUAUCAUCA